CUCCCUAAGUGGCCACAGAAAUGAAGUAAUUCAUCAUAAGAUGUUUUUUAUUUUUGCACAGUCUUGUACUCAGACAUUUACCAUGAAGUCAGUGGGGUGAAAGUUAAGAGUGGAGGGGUGGAGUUUUGGCUGUAUGGUAAUAAGAACAAAAUUCUGUGGGAUGAAAGUACAUUGAUUGUAUUUAGUGAGAAUAUGAAUGACACAUUUUAUGUUUAAAAAUGCCUUGUGCUUCUAAUGAGUUGAAGUAAGACUUAUUUACCCUCUCUCCCACUAGGCAUGCCAUGCCCUAAGAAUAGCCACUAUAAGCUGUGUGGAACUCGGUGUCCUGUUGUGUGUGCUGGGCUGUCCUCUCCAGCAAACUGUAGUGGAGGUUGUGAGGAGGGCUGCCAGUGUGACACUGGCUAUGUCCUGAGUGAUGGCCAGUGUGUGCUGGUUUCUGACUGUGGCUGCAUGCAUGAGGGACAGUAUCACCCUGCUGGCCACUUCAACUCUGAGAAAAGUUGCCAAAAGUGCAACUGUAAAAGAGGAGAAGUGACCUGCAGCCCCAUGGAGAGCUGUUCAGUAAAGGAUGGCCUUGUCUUGCAGUAUGGGGUGUGCCAAGUGUUUGCUGGCUUUGGCUACAUCACAUUUGAUGGUGUUAUUCUGCCUCAUCAUGGUGCUUGUACAUAUGUAGUGUCAGCCCUCUCCUCUAAAGCCAUACAUGACUAUUUUCUGCUACUAAGCUUUAAAAAAGAUAGUAAUGGCAUUUUCACAAUCAGCAGACUAGUAUUUCAUUUGCUUUCACUGGAAGUGUCUGUUGACCCCGAAACUCUGUGGAAAAUACAAGUAAAUGGAGAAGAACGCAGUGUGCCUUUUGAAAAUGGAGAACUUGAAGCAUACCAAGUUGGCGACAGACUGAUUAUCAUCACACCAUCUGGGGUGGGAAUUGACUUGUCCUCUACCCAAUACCUCAGAUUAACUGUACCGCAGGUGUAUGACGCCACAGCUUCGGGCCUCUGUGGGAACUUCAACGGGGACAAGUAUGAUGACUUGAAACUGAGAAAUGGCCAUCUUACUGAAAGCUUUGCAGAGCUCCUGCACAGCUGGGCAGUAGUGACUCCUGGACAGCAUUUCACUGAUAUUUGUGGGAAGGAGUGUGAUGAUUGCAGCCUGUCCUCACAUGAAAGCAUGCUCUGUGAUGUCCUGUUGGACAGUAGUAUUGAAUUCAACCACUGCUGGAACAGUGGUAUAGAGCGUGAUAUUUACAGAGUUAUGUGCAUUAGGGCAGUUUGUGCUGGGGCUGGGCACGUCGCCGCCUGUUUAGCACUGGAAGCCUAUUCUGCAGCCUGCCAGGCUAAAGGAAUACCAGUAGGGUCAUGGAGAGAGAACACUCCUUGCUCUCUCCAGUGUCCUGACCAGAGCAGCCCAAGAGAGUGUGUUGACUCCAGCUCCAACUCAUGCCCCGCUCUGCUCCAGCCUGGCUCUUCAGCAACUGGCUGUUCGGAAGGAUGCCAGUGCAGCUAUGGCAAUGUGUUUGAUGGGAACCAGUGUGUACCUUACAGUCAGUGUGGGUGUGUUCUCAAUGAUAUAUACAUCAAGAUGGAUGAGCGACUGUACACCGACGGCUGCGCCAAGAUAUGCUGGUGCCACACGUUGGGUGGGGUGAUAUGUGAAGAGGCAGUCUGCAACCCAGGGCAGCAGUGUGCUCUGAGGAACGGCUCCUGGGGUUGUCAUAAUGGAACAGAAGUUUGUAAACUCUGGGACAGUCUCCAAAUCUCCACACUCAGUGGGCAGCAUUUGAGCUUAGAACCUGACUUAUCUUACAGUCUGAUGUCACUCUGCGAUGAGGCCAGUGUUCAGUGGUUCAGCCUGGUCUCUUACCAUGGACCUUGUGAUGGCAGCUUUUCCAGGCUUGUCACCGUGUUUCAGAUCCUCCUGCAUGGAUUAUCAGUUGCCAUACAGGAAGGCAUGGUGAAGGUGAAUGGACACUUUGUUUCCCUCCCUUACACCUUGUCGCCAGGGGUGUCCCUGUCAUCUGGUGUGAACCAGGACAAGUCAGAGGUAACAGUGAUCUUGAGAAGAGACACUGGGAUGGAGUCAGAGUUGGAGAUAGAGAUUGGUGUUACCAUGGUGACAGUCAAGGUCCCUUUCUGGUACUCAGGCAAAUUGUGUGGUCUCUGUGGAAACCUUAAUGACCUCCACUCACACAGUUCAGUCAAGUCAGGGGUUCUCCCUGACUUUCCUGGCUGUGGCUUCACUGGAUGAUAACUGACAAUUUUAAUGUCCUGAGUAAAUGUGUAUUGUUGAAUGUUUGAAAUACAAAAACUAUUUAAAAAAAAAAAAAAACUUUGUAUAUUCUGUCAUUUUAACUCGAUAGGCAUUCCCUCCUCAUGCAUUUAACAUAAUACUGGCAGCACUCUUAUCAGUUAAUACCAUACACCUUUUUUAAACAAGGU